GCUGUAAACACACUGUUCAUUUGAGUGUAUAAAAACCCGCAGGACCGUUCAAAGGGGAGAAACCGUGGAGAGACAUGACGGCGGAGGCAAGAGUGAGCGACACAAGGGGAGUUGCCACAGCAGGGAGCAGCAGCAGACAGGAGGGCCCUGGAGGACUGUGGGACUCCGUGAAGAAAGCUGCAGUUGUCAUUGGAUCUGGAAUCUUAUUCUUGGCUGCAUUCGGCAACUCGCUGACAUGGCAUCUGCAGAGAUUCUGGGGAGCUUCAGGAGAUUUCUGGCAGAAAUGGUGGACCGAGCUGUACUUGACAUUUGAGGGCCACGAAACUGCUUUGUUCUUCUUUGGGACAAUGUUGUUCCCCACUCUGGCGUUCUGGGUGUCGAAUGGUCUGCUGCUUGUGGUGGACACCACUGGUAAACCCUCCUUCAUCACGCGCUACCGCAUCCAGGUGGACAAGAAUAACCCGGUGGAUCCAGGUAAGCUUCGCCAUGCUCUGAAGGUAGUCACCUUCAACCACGUUUUCAUCUCUGGGCCCAUGUUGGUGGCGGCCUACCACCUGAUGAUCUUGAGAGGGAACCCCUGUGGGCCUGAGCUUCCCACCUUCCACUGGGCCCUGACGGAGCUGGCUGUCUGUGCCAUCGUGGAGGAAAUAUUGUUUUACUAUUCACACAGGCUGUUCCACCACCCAGGCCUCUACAAGCAUUUCCACAAACAGCACCAUGAGUGGACUGCUCCCAUCGGAGUCGUCUCCAUCUACGCUCAUCCUCUGGAGCAUAUGAUCUCCAACAUGCUGCCAGUGAUAAUCGGGCCAGUGAUCCUGGGCUCCCACAUGACCACCACCACCCUGUGGUUAUGCCUGGCUCUUGUCAGCACCACCAUCUCUCACUGUGGAUACCACCUCCCCUUCCUGCCCUCCCCUGAGUUCCACGACUUCCACCACCUCAGGUUCAACCAGUGUUUCGGGGUCUUUGGUGUGCUGGAUCGGCUCCACGGCACCGACACCAAAUUCAGGCAGACCAAGCAGUACGAACGCCACACCCUGCUCACCAGCCUCACCCCUCUGAACGAGAGCAUCCCUGACACACCCAAGAAGGGCCAGUGAUGACCCCUGACCUUUAACCUCAGGCCUCCAAGUUUAGAAUCAGUUCCCCAUCAAUCUAAUUUUGAUUUUAAUCCAGAAAACCUGUUGAUCAGUUUCACUGUGAAAAUCUGCCCACACUCUCUGGUCACCAGCUUUACUGUUUAGAACUGUUGUUGCACUUUAUGAUUAAACAAUGAUAAAUACUCACAGUAAGUCAAAAUGUUUAAUUUCCACGAAUAUUAUAAUAGAUUUUUUUUUUUUUUUUUAUGGACUAACUUAAUCCGUUUUGUUUUUCCAGUGAAACAGGCUUUCAUGGACGAAUCGUCGUGUGUUUGGGUUAGCUUUACAUAUUCAUUUGUUUCUAGGAUUACAUUUGAAGUUAAAGGCAAAUCAUAUCUUAACAGAAGUCACAGGGACUCGCAAGUAGCUUGUUAAGUGGACAGAUCAAAUAAUAAAGAUAAAUAAUUUCACUUCAGCUAAGCAUGUUGAGACUGCACUCCACAACUGGUUACCUUCAGUUAAUGUUGUUUUUCUCAGAUUUCUAAAAAUCCAUCGGCCUCUCUACCCAUAAAACCUUGUUGUUUAGGGUCGUUUGCUGGCACAAAUUUAGAUUACAUUUUCACUCAUAUCGAAACACAGGGCUGUUCUUACUUUGUCCCUCCUCCCGGGAUAAACAUGACUGUAAGAGGAAACUCCAGUUCACACCAACUUGGUGUGAAGCACAAACAAACGUAGUCAAAAUGGGUGCUAGAAGUGAUUUACACUGUUCAACCUUCCACACAUUCCUUAAUAACAAGCAAAUUAUUUUUUAAUAUGCUAAUCAUUUCAGUGAGAACAGAUUCUGGUUUCAAUGUAAAUGUAACUUUAUGGUGGCGAUGUUACACAUCUUUCCGUUCUUUGCAAUUGUCGCAUUAUGGAAAUGUUGAUAAUCUCUCACAUCACACAAACUUGAAAAAUGACACAUUUUCUUUGUGAAUCUAAGCUUUAACCUGAACACUAACAUUUGAGUUAUUAUAGAAAUAAUUAAAAUACAAAAUGUUUAGAAGUAAUGUUUAGUAACAGCACUUUAAGCUCACCAGUCCAGACUCUUCUGCUGCGUUCACUUGCUGCCAGAAAGAUAACGUUUGCACUUUUAAUUUCUGUGGCACUUAAACAUAUCCUUCAAUGUUAAAUGUGUCUGUAGAACAGGAAACCUCAUUGUUUUAUAAGAAAUGAAUGUUGAAAAAGAUCUGCUGUGAUUGCUACACUGACUGGACUGUUAAAUAAAAUGUUUUAAGAAGAGG